AUGGCUCACGAAUACUUUGUAUGGCGUUUUAAAACUGACGGUAAAAAGAUUGCGAGUGUGAGAAAACGACGCAAAUCCUCCUAUUCUUCACUUACCCCCAAAUCGACGAAACAGACUUUCAUUUUGAAGCUCUCGUGCGCGCUUUGUACUGAAAUCAGCUCUGAAGGUGUGGAGCGAUUUCGAACCGUACGUCUCCCACUGCUCUCAGAUCCUCUCGUCCUCAGCUCUGAAGGUCUCGAACAGGGAUGCGAUUUCGCUCAUCGGCGUAGGUCUCCUCUCCCACCUCCGUCUGUCUCCCACAAUGCAUUCAGUGGGCCAAUUCCAAAGGAGCUUGGGAACCUCAAGGAUUUAUUUAUGAUUGCCUUGGGAUCAAACAAUUUCUCUGGAACACUCCCCCCAGAACUUGGUAACUUGCCCAACCUUCAGCUAGUUUCAAGUUAGACGCUCUCUAUAGUAACGAGGAGAUCAAUGCCGUACGGGAUGAGUGGGCCGAAUUUGUGAAGCCUUUGAUUAUAGAUUAAGUACUUAAGGUUACUACACUUUUGUUAUAAUACAUGAGUAACAAGUUUUAUGAUUAUUGUUAUCUUUUGCAUA